CAAGCCGAGUCACCACUGUGCAUUCCAUGUCUCAGUCACUUCACAUCUCUCCUUUUUAGGCCAAACACCACCCCCCACCAGCCCCUGCGCUCCCCCUAAAAAUAGAAGCAGCAGCAUGCAAUUCCUCACACCUUCAAACAGAUGAUGAAGCUGGUGCUCUCCCUGCAGAUCCCCCAUCACCAGAUGAUGGGCCUAUGAGUGAACCAGCAGCAGCAACUGUUUCUACGGCCACCACCACUGCGAAAGACAGACUCAAGAAGCCAGCCUCCAAAUCGCACACCUGUGAGAACGAACCAAGCUCAGCUGCCAACUCCACCCAAGCUAGCUGAUCCAUGGACAUGUCGUCGAACCCCGACAGCCCCUCGUCGGGAGGGGGCAGCGGCGGCGGCAUGGGGUCGAGCAGCGGCGGCGCGUCGCCGUCCGUUGGCUCGAUGACGCCGCAGUCGCCGAGCCGGUACGAGGCGCAGAAGCGGCGCGACUGGAACACGUUCGGGCAGUACCUGCGGAACCACCGGCCGCCGCUGAGCCUGGCGCAGUGCAGCGGCGCCCACGUCCUCGAGUUCCUCCGCUACCUGGACCAGUUCGGCAAGACCAAGGUGCACGGCGCGGCGUGCCCCUUCUUCGGCCACCCGAACCCGCCGGCGCCGUGCCCCUGCCCACUCCGCCAGGCCUGGGGCAGCCUCGACGCCCUCGUCGGCCGCCUCCGCGCCGCCUUCGAGGAGAACGGCGGCCGCCCGGAGUCCAACCCCUUCGCCGCGCGCGCCGUCCGCCUCUACCUCCGCGAGGUCCGCGAGCACCAGGCCCGCGCCCGCGGCGUCAGCUACGAGAAGAAGAAGCGCAAGAAGCCGCAGCAGCUGCCGGGCGACGGCAGCGGCCUCCACGGCCACCCCCACCAGCCGCCGCCACCCCCGCCCGCCGGCGCCGCCUGCUGAUCGAGCUCGUCGAUCGAUCGAUCUGAUCGGCCGACGACGGCUCGUCCUACUGCACGCUCUCCUAUUUGGCCGGUAUGCCAGAUUGAGCUUGAGCAUAUAUAUUUUAUGUAUCAUUCGAUUCGCAUAUGAAUGCAUGCAUGCGUGUGCAUGGCAGUGGCUGAUGCUUGAUGCCGCUGAUCCGUGCACUCUACCGUGGGAAGAAGCUAGCACCAGUAGUGGGUGCUGCGUGUGUACUGCAUUGUUGCCUUGUGUGUUUCCAUUGGCUUUAGAGCUAUUUGGUGUUCGUCGAAUCUAUUUAUUUGCUUGUAGGAGUGAGCAAGUGUUUGCUGUACUUUGAACAAGAGCAGUAUGUCCUUUUUAUUUGAGGCCUAGCUAGGGACAGGGAGAUACAUAUACGGAGAUCUCUCUUGCUGUUUGUGGAAGAUUUAAAAGCCUCCUCCAUCUACAGUACGCAUGCAUGUGUCAA